AUGGCGACUAUCGAUAUCUUGGGACGAGGACGGUCCUUGCAGGUUAAAGAACCAAAGGACAGGAUUUACGCCUUGAUGCACUUGCUAACAUCGGGUGGGACGACUUUGCAACCGGACUACGCGGCGACCACAUCGCAUCUUGACGUCUACCGGGGCUUCGCCAUCAAGUAUACCGAAGAUAAGGCUGACCUGGACCUGCUAAACUGUGUGGAACAUAAUCAACACACCUUUGACCAGGAGACUAUCCCGUCCUGGGUUCCACGCUGGGAUGUCGGAGGGUAUCCCGAGCCUAUGCUCAAUCCGAUGGACAGGAUAAUCACUGGAGACACACCGCAGGACUACCCAGCUGUACAAUGUGUUACAAUUACGAAUGGUGGCUCAGCUCUCCGAGUUAGGGCAGUCGUUUUCGAUACUGUGAAGUACGUGUCUGAGAUGAUCAAGUGGCAGCUUGGCUCCCCAACGUCCCAGAUUGUCGGGCAAGUGGUUUUCCUCUGGACUCAAAUGAGGUCUCAGUCAGAAGAAUUCCCUGGCCCUCACCAGGAACGCCUUAGCUUGGCAUUUCUCGCAGCACUCUGUCAGGGAACUCAUAACGGCGACUGGGACAAGUUCCAAGAGUCUAUGCAAGCAUUUGCACAACUCUUGCAAUCCGAGAAUACGGAUUUGGAUACAUUUCCAACGACAGACAAAAAGAGCCGAACGAGUGUCGCGCUUUGCAACGACGACUUCAGGCAAUCGACGGCUGAUCCUACUUGGUCGAGGCUAUUGCGCAAUUGCACCGGAAUCCACUCGUGA